UUAGACAUUUUUUUUUCUCAAUUUUCAUCCCCAAAUCCUCGUCAGGAGGGGCUGGAGAUGAAAAAAAUGCCAAGAGGAUCACCAUCACCACCACCACCACCGUCUACAAUAAUGGCUAAUAUCCUCGUGGCGUUUGUUUGCCUCAUUUUCAUCGGCCCCUCGAGUGUAAUUCCAGUUUCUGCACAAUCAGAUUCUACUGCACCUGCGAAAUCUUUUCCAGCAUUCACACCUUCAGAUAACUACCUUAUUAAUUGUGGAUCUACUUCUCCUACUACUCUUCCAGGAAAUCGCGCAUUUCAACCAGAUGAAACCACAGCUAAAUAUUUAGCCUAUAGCGGACGUGACCUUCACAUUUCUGCACCUGACAAUAAAAAUGUACCUUCACCUAUGUACCUUAGCGCGAAUAUUUUCGAUAGUGAAGCUACUUAUACAUUUCAUGUAACCAGUCCAGGCUUGCAUUGGAUCCGUCUUUAUUUUUACCCUUUACAAAACAAUGAAUUUAAUCUCCAAACAGCCAAAUUCUCUGUUUCAGUGGAUACAUUAGUUCUCCUCCGAGACUACCAAAUGGAGAAAAACGAACCAGUUAUGAAAGAGUUUCUUGUAAAUGUCACAACAGAGCGUUAUGCCAUCAAAUUUGCACCUUCCCAAGGCUCAAUUGCAUUCGCCAACGCCAUUGAGUUUGUUACUGCACCAGGCAAAUUACUCGACUAUUCUGUCCCUCUCCUUUUCCCCGUUUCACAGAAAUUUGAUCUUUCCACUAGUAAUUUUGAAACAACCUAUAGGCUUAAUGUUGGAGGUGCAUACCUUGAUGCAACAAAUGACACUUUAGGGAGAAGUUGGUUAUCCGAUGAACCAUUCCGUAAUAGUGCCACAGGACAGGCGGUUACUGUUCAGCCUUCUGUGAUUCAGUAUCCAACGGCAGGAGGGUCGCCUUUAAUUGCUCCUCCUACAGUUUACAGUUCAGCAGUGAAAAUGGCUGAUUCAGAAACUACCAUUCCCAAUUUCAACAUAUCAUGGAUGAUGGAUAUUGAUUCCUCAUAUACAUACCUCAUUCGCCUUCACUUCUGUGAUAUCAUUAGCAAAUCGCUCAAUGAACUGUAUUUCAACGUGUACAUUAAUGAUAAGAUGGCAAUUUCCGGGCUAGACUUGUCAUCUUUGACACAGCGGUUGUCCACAGCUUUUUACAAGGACUUUGUAAUAGAUGCCUCUUCAGCAUCUAAUCCUCUUAGUGUAAAGGUUUCACCGGUGAACGAUGUCCAAGGAUUCAAGAAUGCAAUCCUGAAUGGGCUUGAGGUUUUUCGGAUGAAUAAUUCUAUGGGUAGUCUUGAUGGGCAAUAUGGUGUUGAUGGAACGAAGAGUAGUGGCCCAAGCAAAACAGUGGCUUAUGUUGGUUUUGCUAUGAUGUUCGGAGCAUUUGUAGGAUUGGGUGCUAUAGUUUUCAAGUGGCAAAAGAGGCCUCAAGAUUGGCAAAAAAGGAACAGUUUCUCCUCUUGGUUGCUUCCACUUCAUGCUGGAGAUACAAGCUUUAUGGCGGGAAGCAAGGCUUCAUUGUCGCGCAAGAGCCAAUUUUUCUCUUCAAACAUGGGGCUAGGCCGAUAUUUUUCAUUUGCUGAGUUGUCAGACGCCACCAACAAUUGGGAAUCGACUGCCAUAAUUGGUGUUGGUGGCUUUGGCAAUGUCUAUUAUGGAGAAAUCGAUGAUGGAACAAAAGUAGCUGUCAAGAGAGGAAAUCCACAAUCUGAGCAAGGUAUCAAUGAGUUCCAGACUGAAAUUCAGAUGUUAUCUAAGCUCAGACAUCGCCAUCUGGUGUCGUUGAUUGGUUAUUGUGAUGAAAACACAGAGAUGAUACUGGUUUAUGAGUUCAUGCAAAAUGGUCCUUUCAGAGAUCAUCUCUAUGGCAAGAACUUUCCACCUUUGACAUGGAAGCAGAGGCUAGAAAUCUGCAUUGGCUCAGCUCGUGGGCUUCAUUACCUCCAUACAGGUGCAUCUACAGCAAUUAUCCACAGAGAUGUCAAAACCACCAACAUUCUUCUUGAUGAGAACUUAGUCGCUAAAAUGGCUGACUUUGGGCUGUCAAAAGAUUGCCUUGCCAACGAGACUCACGUAAGUACAGCUGUGAAGGGAAGUUUUGGGUACCUCGAUCCUGAGUACUUCCGUAAACAGCAGUUAACAGACAAGUCUGAUGUGUAUUCAUUUGGAGUGGUACUUCUAGAGGCCUUGUGCGCUCGUCCUGCCAUUAAUCCAUCACUUCCAAGAGAGCAAGUGAAUUUAGCAGAAUGGGGAAUGCAAUGGAAGAAAAAAGGUUUGUUGGACAAGAUCAUUGAUCCUACUCUUGUGGGACAAAUUAACCCAGAGUCAAUGAAGAAAUUUGGUGAAGCAGCAGAAAAGUGUUUGGCAGAAUAUGGUACUGAUAGACCUAGCAUGGGUGAUGUGCUGUGGAACUUGGAAUAUGCUUUGCAGCUACAAGAAGCCUCAUUACAAGGGAAGGCUGAAGAAGAAAACAAAGCAUCUUCUUCCCCAGUCUCUCCUGCUAUAGUUACCCCUACUCCUGCCCCCGUCCCUGCUCCUUCGACUCCUGACAACAGACCAGUUUCUACACCUGAGCAGACAAGAAAUCCUGCUGAACUUCAAACAAUUGACGAUCAUUCAGGAACAAAAAUGUUUGAUCAAUUUGGUGCACUUAACGGGCGAUGAUAGCCAUGAUCACUUUGACGGAGAUGAUAUUACAAAAAUGUCAAUUGGUAUGUCCCAGGUGAAUUAUAUGUAUAUGUAGUUGAAGCCAGCUCUUUUACUGAUGACUUUUCUGCUGUUUUUGUUGGAGUUUUGCUUCCAAGAAUGCGUUACAAUAGCUAGAGGUUAUCUUUUUGAUUGUUUUGUAUUCCUAACAUUAAAAUGCUGGAUGUGUAGAUGAAAAAAAAAUUGC